AUGGAGCGUCUAGAUCUCGGCAUUGCGUUAGCUAUCACUCUAUUAGGGACGCUAUAUCUAUGGAAAAAAUUAGUAGCAGGUAUUGGAAAUACUGCUAUCCUUCAAGACUUUAAUCUCGUGCGUGUGCUCAAGCGAACGGAUACGGAAUUGGCGUUGCUUGGUAACUUAAAGAGUGACAACCACAAGAAACCGGCCGUGUUGAUUAUCCAGACUGCUGUUAUGGAUACUGAAGCUGUAUAUCGAAUGAUGAAUGCAAUGUCACUUCAUGAGAUCUUGGUGAAUGACGUCUAUAGUACGUUUCAGGGGGACGUAUCACGUCAUGUUAAGCCAUACAAGGUCAAUUUGAUUUAUCCGGCAACCGAGCGUCAUGUACGCAAACACAUGGACCAGAAUUUUCACAUGGUGGUUGAGACCGAAGAGGCGUAUCGGAUGAUUACAAAACCGUUCAUUGAUAAUCUUCCCGCACAUAAUCUUGAUUGGGUGUACAAUAUCUUAGAGCACAAAAGCGAGACGGAGCGGAUUAUUUACGAGGACACACACCCUCGCAAUGGAUUUGUGUUAUUGCCCGAUUUUAAAUGGUCUGAUCCGUCCAAGAUAGAAUAUCUUUACUGCUUGGCGAUUGUUCAUGAUCGAUCACUGCGAUCACUUCGUGAUCUCACUGGCACACACUUGACAUUGCUGCGAAAUAUUCGAGAUGCCAGUCUAGAUGUUUUGAGCGAAAAGUUUGGCGUAAACGCGAGUUCCAUACGCAUGUACUUGCACUACCAGCCAACGUAUUAUCACUUACAUGUGCAUUUCUCGCACGUCAAGAUGACUCAAGGAACGUAUUUGGGUAAAGCUGUGCUUCUCGACGAUGUUAUCAACAACUUGUCGUUCAACAGUGACCACUACAAAAACGCGACCCUGUCGUUCGUAGUUGGUGAGAUGCAACACAAGCAGUUAUUCGAGUUGUUUCGCGAGAAGCGCACCAUUUAA